GCUUGGUUCCGGGAAGUAACAAAUCCGGGAAAGAAGAAAAUAAAAAAAAAAAGAUGUUCCAAGUAUAAUCCGGAUAGAACGCACGUCAGGGGCUGCUGAUGGCGGGGAUCUCGUCGAGGUGUAAAGUGUUACAGACUCGUUGAGACUGACUGAAAGGGCCCCGGAGUGUCCGAGUUGAACUCAUCCUUACGUCUUUGUGGAGCACCAGUCUGCUGCCAUGUCAGGCACAGUGUCAGUCCUUCAGCAGUUUGUCUGUGGCCUUAAGAGUCGCAGCGAAGAGACGAGAGCAAAAGCUGCCAAAGACCUGCAGCACUAUGUGACAACAGAGCUGCGAGAGCUAAGUUUGGAAGAAGCCACCCAGUUUUAUGAUGAAUUGAACCAUCACAUUUUUGAACUGGUUUCCAGUUCAGAUGUGAAUGAGAAAAAAGGAGGUAUUCUUGCAAUCGUGAGUCUAAUUGGAGUUGAAGUAGGCAAUGCCACCCGAAUUAGUCGCUUUGCCAACUACUUGCGUAAUCUUCUGCCCUCCAGUGAUCCUGUUGUCAUGGAAAUGGCUUCUAAAGCCAUGGGCCGCCUUUCAAUGGCUGGUGACACCUUUACGGCAGAAUACGUAGAAUUUGAAGUAAAAAGGGCCUUAGAGUGGCUUGGAGCAGACAGAAAUGAAGGAAGACGGCAUGCGGCGGUAUUAGUCCUCAGAGAACUGGCAGUCAGCGCACCAACCUUCUUCUUUCAGCAAGUUCAGCCUUUCUUCGAUAACAUCUUUUAUGCCGUGUGGGACCCCAAGCAGGCCAUCCGAGAGGGAGCAGUGUCUGCAUUACGUGCAUGUCUCAUCCUCACCACCCAGAGAGAGACUAAAGAGAUGCAGAAGCCUCAGUGGUAUAAGCAAACCUUUGAAGAAGCAGAGAAGGGUUUUGAUGAAAGCCUUGCCAAGGAAAAAGGCAUGAACCGUGAUGAUCGAGCUCAUGGAGCCUUGCUCAUCUUGAAUGAGCUAGUACGCAUCAGUAGUAUGGAGGGCGAGCGUCUGCGAGAAGAGAUGGAAGAAAUUACCCAGCAACAGUUGGUGCAUGAUAAGUACGUCAAGGAUCUGAUGGGUUUUGGAGCAAAGCCACGCCACAUAACCCCUUUCAGCAGCUUCCAGUCAGUCCAGCCACAGCAGUCCAAUGCUCUGCUGGGACUUUUGGGUUACAGCUCUUCACAGGACAUCCUGAGCUUUGGUGCAGCUCCCAUUCCCAACAAAUCUACUCUGGUGGAAAGUCGUUAUUGCCGGGAGCUAAUGGAAGAACGGUUUGACCAAGUUUGCCGAUGGGUACUGAAGUAUAGAACUAGCAAGAAUCCGCUGAUACAGAUGACCAUCCUCAACCUUCUACCCCGUCUGGCAGCUUUUCAGCCUCACUCUUUUACAGAUCAGUAUUUAUCUGACACCAUGGGCCACCUUAUUGGCUGCCUGAAGAAAGAGAAGGAACGGACAGCAGCUUUCCAAGCCUUGGGGCUUCUUGUUGUGGCUGUCCGGAGUGAGAUCCAGCCUUAUCUCCCCAAAGUCCUGGAAAUUAUCAAAGCUGCCCUGCCACCCAAGGAUUUUGCUCAUAAGAGACAGAAGACCAUCCAGGUGGAUGCAACAGUGUUCACAUGCAUUAGCAUGCUGUCACGUGCCAUGGGGCCCUGCAUACAGCAAGACAUCAAAGAGCUGCUGGAGCCAAUGCUGGCUGUGGGUCUCAGCCCAGCUCUAACAGCAGUGCUCUAUGACCUAAGUCGCCAGAUUCCUCAACUGAAGAAGGACAUCCAGGAUGGCCUGUUAAAGAUGCUUUCCCUGGUGCUAAUGCACAAACCAUUGAGACACCCUGGAAUGCCUAGAGGACUGGCACAUCAGUUAGCCUCACCCAGUCUGAGCAACCUCCCUGAGGCCAGUGAUGUGGGCAGUAUUACAUUGGCAUUACGUACUCUUGGAAGCUUUGAAUUUGAAGGGCAUUCCCUUACACAGUUUGUCCGCCACUGUGCUGACCACUUUCUGAACAGUGAGCACAAGGAGAUUCGGAUGGAGGCAGCUCGCACUUGCUCCCGCCUCCUCACACCUUCCAUACACUUGAUUGGGGGACAUGGACAUGUGGUGAGCCAGACAGCUGUGCAGGUGGUGGCUGACGUUCUGAGUAAAUUGCUUGUCGUGGGAAUCACAGACCCAGAUCCUGAUAUUCGUUACUGUGUUUUGGCAUCUCUGGAUGAGCGUUUUGAUGCUCAUUUGGCACAGGCAGAGAACCUGCAAGCCCUCUUUGUGGCACUUAAUGAUGAAGUGUUUGAGAUCCGCGAGCUGGCAAUUUGUACAAUUGGCCGGUUAAGCAGCAUGAAUCCAGCCUUUGUGAUGCCAUUCCUGCGUAAGAUGUUAAUUCAGAUUUUAACUGAACUGGAGCACAGCGGUGUUGGCAGAAACAAGGAACAGAGUGCCCGCAUGCUUGGCCAUUUAGUAUCAAAUGCCCCUCGCCUCAUUCGACCCUACAUGGAGCCCAUUUUGAAGGCUUUAAUCCUCAAGCUUAAGGAUCCUGACCCAAACCCUGGUGUGGUGAUCAGUGUGCUGGCAACCAUUGGAGAGCUUGCUCAGGUGAGUGGGCUGGAAAUGAGGAAAUGGAUGGAUGAGCUUUUCCCAAUUAUCAUGGAUAUGCUUCAAGAUUCAUCAUCUCUUGCAAAAAGACAGGUGGCGCUCUGGACUCUAGGCCAGCAAGUUGCCAGCACUGGCUAUGUGGUGGAACCAUAUCGCAAAUACCCUUCACUGCUGGAGGUGUUGCUAAACUUCCUGAAGACAGAGCAGAACCAGGGAAUUCGUAGAGAAGCGAUCCGUGUGUUGGGGCUGCUGGGAGCUCUGGACCCAUACAAACAUAAAGUGAACAUAGGGAUGAUAGACCAGUCCCGUGAUGCAUCUGCUGUGAGCCUGUCAGAGUCCAAGUCUAGCCAAGAUUCAGCUGACUACAGUACCAGUGAAAUGCUGGUCAACAUGGGCAACCUUCCUCUAGAUGAGUUCUAUCCAGCUGUUGCCAUUGUCACACUUAUGCGUAUUCUUCGGGAUCCAUCCCUGUCCAACCAUCACACUAUGGUAGUGCAGGCAGUUACAUUUAUCUUCAAGUCUCUGGGCCUCAAAUGUGUACAGUUCCUGCCACAGGUCAUGCCAACCUUCCUGAAUGUCAUCCGUGUCUGUGAUGCCAAUAAUCGUGAGUAUUUGUUUCAGCAGUUGGGGAUGCUGGUUUGCUUUGUGAAGAUUCAUAUCCGGCCAUACAUGGAUGACAUCUUCACUCUCAUAAGGGAAUACUGGACUCCGAACAAUCCUAUGCAGAACACCAUCAUCCUCCUGAUUGAGCAGAUUGUGGUGGCCCUUGGAGGAGAAUUCAAGCUGUACCUUCCCCAGCUCAUUCCUCACAUGUUGCGUGUCUUCAUGCAUGACAACAGUACAGGGCGCAGUGUCACCAUUAAGCUGCUCAAUGCCAUUCAACUUUUUGGUGCCAAUUUGGAUGACUACCUACAUCUUCUGCUUCCUCCAAUCGUCAAACUGUUUGAUGCACAGGAUGUGCCUCAACCUGCUCGCAAAGUUGCUUUGGAGACCCUGGACCGACUGGCUGAGUCCCUAGACUUUACUGAUUAUGCCUCUAGGAUCAUUCACCCUAUUGUACGCACAUUGGAUGGCACGCCAGACCUGCGUACCACAGCCAUGGACACACUGUCCUCACUAGUCUUUCAGCUUGGCAAGAAGUAUCAGAUAUUUAUUCCAAUGGUCAAUAAAGUCAUGCUGAAGCAAAGAAUAAACCACCAGCGUUAUGACGUCCUCAUCUGUCGCAUUGUGAAGGGCUACACUCUUGCUGAGGAAGAGGAAGACCCACUAAUCUCCCAGCACAGGCAACUGAGAAGCAGCCAGAAUGAUACUCUGGCCAGUGGGCCUGUGGAGACUGGACCAAUGAAAAAGCUUCACGUUAGCACCUCAGCUCUGCAGAAGGCAUGGGGUGCAGCCAGGAAAGUGUCCAAGGAUGACUGGUUAGAGUGGCUUCGGAGGCUAAGCGUGGUCCUACUGAAAGAGUCAUCCUCUCCUGCUCUACGAUCCUGUUGGUCACUUGCCCAAGCAUACAUCCCUCUUGCCAGAGACCUGUUUAAUGCAGCUUUUCUGUCCUGUUGGUCGGAACUAAAUGAAGAUCAGCAGGAUGAACUGAUCCGCAGCAUUGAGUUAGCACUAACCUCUCAAGACAUUGCAGAGGUCACACAGACUCUGCUCAACUUGGCUGAGUUCAUGGAGCACAGUGACAAGGGUCCGCUGCCUCUACGAGAUGACAAUGGUAUUGUUCUGCUUGGUGAGAGAGCUGCAAAGUGCCGUGCAUAUGCUAAAGCAUUACAUUACAAGGAGCUGGAAUUUCAGAAAGGAGCAUCACCCUUAAUCCUUGAGUCCCUUAUCAGCAUCAACAAUAAAUUGCAGCAGCCUGAGGCAGCAUCUGGAGUGUUGGAGUAUGCCAUGAAGCACUUUGGAGAGCUGGAGAUUCAAGCCACCUGGUAUGAGAAGCUUCAUGAAUGGGAAGAUGCCCUGGUAGCAUAUGACAAAAAGAUUGACAUGAAUAAAGAGGAUCCAGAACUGAUGCUGGGGCGCAUGCGCUGUCUAGAGGCCCUUGGAGAAUGGGGCCAGCUGCAUCAACAGUGCUGUGAGGAAUGGACGUUGGUCAGUGAGGAUACGCAAGCUAAGAUGGCCCGCAUGGCAGCAGCUGCCGCAUGGGGAUUGGGACAUUGGGAUAGCAUGGAGGAGUAUACAUGCAUGAUUCCAAGAGACACUCAUGAUGGAGCAUUCUACAGAGCAGUGCUUGCUUUGCACCAAGAUCUCUUCUCCUUGGCUCAGCAGUGCAUUGACAAAGCCCGGGACCUACUUGAUGCUGAGCUGACUGCCAUGGCUGGAGAGAGUUAUAGUCGGGCAUAUGGGGCCAUGGUAUCUUGUCAGAUGCUUUCAGAGCUGGAAGAGGUAAUCCAAUACAAACUGGUUCCCGAGCGCAGAGAGAUUAUCAGAGAGACUUGGUGGGAGAGGUUACAGGGCUGUCAAAGAAUUGUAGAGGACUGGCAAAGGAUAUUAAUGGUGCGCUCUUUGGUCAUCAACCCUCAUGAGGACAUGAGAACAUGGCUCAAAUAUGCUAGUUUGUGUGGGAAGAGUGGUCGUCUGGCCCUGGCACAUAAGACCCUUGUGCUAUUACUGGGAGUUGACCCAUCUAAGCAGCUGGAUCACCCUUUGCCCACCGUGCAUCCACAUGUUACCUAUGCCUACAUGAAGUAUAUGUGGAAAAGCGCCCGCAAGAUUGAUGCAUUCCAGCACAUGCAGCAUUUUGUUCAAACCAUGCAGCAGCAGGCACAGCAUGCCAUUGCUGCUGAGGACCAGCAACACAAACUGGAGCUGCACAAGCUUAUGGCUAGGUGCUUUUUGAAGCUUGGAGAGUGGCAGCUCAGCUUGCAGGGCAUCAAUGAGAGCACAAUCCCCAAAGUUUUGCAGUACUACAACCACUCUACAGAACAUGACCGUGAUUGGUACAAGGCUUGGCAUGCAUGGGCUGUGAUGAAUUUUGAGGCUGUCCUACACUACAAGCACCAGAACCAGGGGAGAGAUGAGAAAAAGUUGCGCCAUGCCAGUGGGGCCAGUGCCAAUAGUGAGGCAAGCAAUAGCGAAAGCGAAGCUGACAGCAAUGAGAACAGCCCUGUUCCUUCACCCAUACAGAAGAAGGUCAAUGAGGACCUCUCUAAAACACUGCUGCUCUACACCGUCCCAGCUGUUCAAGGCUUCUUUCGGUCUAUCGCUUUGUCGCGUGGAAACAACCUUCAGGAUACGCUAAGAGUCCUGACUCUGUGGUUUGAUUAUGGACAUUGGCCUGAAGUGAAUGAGGCCCUGGUGGAGGGAAUAAAGACUAUUCAAAUUGACACAUGGCUACAGGUCAUUCCUCAACUAAUUGCGCGUAUUGACACUCCCCGACCCUUGGUCGGACGGCUCAUUCAUCAACUUCUGACGGAUAUUGGCCGGUACCACCCCCAGGCCCUCAUCUAUCCUCUAACUGUUGCCUCCAAAUCAACCACGACUGCCCGGCACAAUGCUGCCAACAAAAUUCUGAAGAACAUGUGUGAACAUUGUAACACUCUUGUUCAGCAAGCCAUCAUGGUGAGUGAAGAAUUGAUUCGUGUGGCCAUAUUGUGGCAUGAGAUGUGGCACGAGGGGCUGGAAGAGGCAUCACGCCUUUACUUUGGAGAAAGAAAUGUCAAGGGCAUGUUCGCUGUUCUGGAGCCACUUCAUGCAAUGAUGGAAAGGGGCCCUCAGACACUCAAGGAAACUUCCUUCAAUCAGGCAUAUGGACGUGACCUGAUGGAGGCACAGGAGUGGUGCAGAAAGUACAUGAGAUCAGGCAAUGUCAAAGAUUUGACGCAAGCCUGGGACCUCUACUACCAUGUAUUCCGGCGCAUCUCCAAGCAGCUACCACAACUUACCUCACUGGAGCUGCAGUAUGUGUCCCCCAAACUUCUCAUGUGCCGAGACUUGGAACUAGCUGUGCCAGGAACGUAUGAUCCCAAUCAACCAAUUAUUCGCAUCCAAUCAAUAGCACCAUCCCUGCAGGUCAUCACAUCUAAGCAAAGGCCCAGAAAGUUAACUAUCAUGGGCAGCAAUGGCCAUGAAUUCAUGUUCCUGCUUAAGGGCCACGAAGAUCUGCGGCAGGAUGAGAGGGUUAUGCAGUUGUUUGGACUAGUCAACACAUUGUUAGCAAAUGAUCCAGCAUCCCUGCGCAAGAAUUUAAGCAUUCAAAGAUAUGCAGUGAUCCCACUGUCUACAAAUUCUGGUUUAAUUGGUUGGGUCCCCCACUGUGACACUCUCCAUGCACUCAUCAGAGAUUAUCGGGAAAAAAAGAAGAUCCUCUUGAACAUUGAGCAUCGCAUCAUGUUGAGGAUGGCGCCAGAUUACGAUCAUUUAACACUCAUGCAGAAGGUGGAGGUGUUUGAGCAUGCUGUCAACAAUACGGCUGGAGAUGACCUUGCCAAACUUCUGUGGCUUAAGAGUCCAAGCUCAGAGGUUUGGUUUGACCGACGUACUAAUUACACCCGGUCUCUUGCUGUUAUGUCCAUGGUUGGUUAUAUUCUGGGUCUUGGUGACCGGCAUCCAUCCAACUUGAUGCUAGACAGGCUGAGUGGCAAGAUUUUGCACAUUGAUUUUGGGGACUGUUUUGAGGUGGCGAUGACAAGGGAAAAGUUUCCAGAAAAGAUUCCCUUCAGGUUAACAAGGAUGUUGACAAAUGCAAUGGAGGUCACUGGUCUGGAUGGUAAUUACAGGAUCACAUGCCACACAGUGAUGGAGGUCCUGCGUGAGCAUCGAGACAGUGUGAUGGCAGUGCUAGAAGCAUUUGUCUAUGAUCCAUUGCUGAACUGGAGACUGAUGGACACAAACACCAAAGGGACCAAGCGCUCUCGCAACAGAACGGACUCCUACACUGCUGGCCAGUCAGUAGAAACAUUGGAAGCAAUUGAGCUUGGGGAGACCUCUCACAAGAAACCAGGAACAACCGUGCCAGAAUCCAUCCAGUCUUUCAUUGGAGAUGGACUGGUGCAGCCUGAAGCCUUAAAUAAAAAAGCAAUUCAGAUUAUUAAUCGAGUUAGAGACAAACUAACCGGGAGAGAUUUCUCUCAUGAUGACACCCUAGAUGUUCCAACUCAAGUGGAACUUUUAAUCAAGCAAGCAACCUCCCAUGAAAACCUGUGCCAGUGCUACAUUGGUUGGUGUCCAUUCUGGUAAAAUGCUUUGAUGUUUCUGCAGUAUGCAGUACAAAAAGUGAGAAUCAAAAAGGUGACUGUAUUCAUACAGUGCCUUGCAAUUGGCUUCGGCCUUGACAAUGUGCUAUAAUGUAGAAAUGAAGGUCUGUGAUUAAAAGUAAAGACUGUAAUAUAUUGUUUAU